GGAAGGGUUAUAUGGUGGUGUGUGCUUGACUGACGGCCGGAUGGUGAUGGCGGUUUGACGGUAUAAAAUUCUUCUACAUUAGCUGUGUGGACUCUGUUCUCUUUUGCGAUAGGUUAGACGUAGGGGAUUUAUGAGCGUUCGAUGAGCGAACGGAUUCUCAACCGAGAUGCACAUACUGGAGGGGGGAGGGGAACAAGUAGCUUCAAUGUUUGCAUUCCAGUCACAAUUAGCCCCUGGGAAGGGAAGGAACAGCCUGGACGGCGUGUUCUAAUUAGAUUUCCUCUCCCAUAUCGUGUUGGGGAAGCCUUUCGGCCUGGGAAUGGAGACGAAAAGAUUCGAUGUGAGGCAGGCGCCUAUGCAUAUCUUCAGGAAAAGCGGGAUGACAGUAGGCUACGCAACAACCUCUUUCACGAUCUCUCCUGGAUAAUGCUCAGUAUGGCACGGACUCCCCUACCUAAAAUUAGAUCUUUCAUAAUUGACCGUGACGGGUUCUUGCGCUUGGCAAAUAGGCCAGUGUUGAAAUUUUCGAGCUAGAAAACGAGGAAAUUCCGACAGAUAUACCCCAAGACUAGACUUAUUCUACAGCGGAUUCAUACGCGAUGAGUAUCAUUAGCAUCCAUGAUAAUCGACUACGACAUCAGCUAAACGCAAUAAAGGGUGUAGGUGAUUAUAUCUAUUAGACAUCAGCGUUAACGGCAAUGAGGACAGUACUGCCAUCAUUUUUUAAGUGGGAAUGUCGCCGUGGACCUUUUCUUUUCACCUUAACGGAUCUUCACCAGAGCAACCUCUUCGUUGAUAAAAACUGGAACAUCACCUCACUUGUGGAUCUUGAGUGGGCAAGCACCCGGCCACUAGAUAUGUUUCGGACUCCGACCUGGCUCACGAGCAAGGCUUGCGAUGAGAUUGCUGAGGAAGGGCACGAAGAGUAUGAUAAGGUCCGGGCAGAAUUUAUGGACAAAUUCACGGCGGAAGAGGAACAAGCUCAAAGUCCCGCCUCUUGUAAUUACGAUGGGAAGCCGCUGCUGUCAGCUGCAAUGAAGCUGAACUGGGAUAAGGGAAUAUUUUGGUAUACGCUUGCCCUUGCCAGCCCAACAGGUAUUUUUCGACUAUUCUACAAACAGAUCCAACCUAGGUUCAUUAUGCAUACUACGGGUCAUGACAAUUUCGAACUGAUUAUGCCAUGGUACUGGGCAGAAGACUACGUUAAAGUCGGGAUGAAGAAAAUGUCAGAUAGAGAGGAUUAUGAUAUCCGCCUUCGACACGCAUUCGAGGGUACUGCAAUAUCGGAUACUGUUCCAAAUAUUUAA